GUUUGGUACCUUGGUAAAAGCGAUCCGACAGAAUGGAGCACUGCAAAAGAUAAAGAUUUUUCGAAUUGGAAAUUUAAUCCUCAUUAUCAAAAAAUGUUUAAUAAUCUUAUGUGUUGGUUUUUUGUAAAGUUGCAUGAAGAUUUAGCAAAUUAUUAUAUAUCUGAGCCGAAAUCUCGUAAAAGUUUAAAAAGCUAUGGUUGGUUAAAUUUGGAUUAUGAUAAUAUUAUAAAUGCACUUAGGGCAGGAAUUUAUCCAACC